CACUCUCCCUAGCCGCCCAGUUUUUUGUCGCAUUUUAUCCAAUCUCUGUUGUUGGGUAAGUAAAGGAGAGAAAGAGAGAGAGAGAGAAGGAGUUGACAUCGAAAUGGGGAGAAAUAUGAGGAUCACAACAGCCACCACAAGCAAUCGGGCCCCUCUACUGCUCAACAAUCAUGAGGAAUCGAGCCGCCCGUCGUCGGAUCUCGAAGAAGGCAAUGAAAUUCAGCCGGGGAAUGUUGGAUUCUGUAGAGUUCUGCGGUUGGCAAAACCUGAUGCAGGGAAGCUGGCUCUGGCCACCAUAGCAUUAUUGAUAGCUUCUCUCAGCAACAUUCUAAUUGUAGUUGCUGGGUCAUUACGGAGAGGAAAACAGGCGAUCUAGAUUACCAAGAUUUCUAGCCAAUAUAUGGCAUGUAGCAAGCAAUUAUCAAUUUCAUAAAAUCAAGAGUAGAAUGAUCGAGGAACGAUCCACUUUUUAGUUUUUCUCCCCCAAAUACCGAUGGUUGUUCUCUAUGAUAAAUUUGCAAGUGCAAAGUCUUUUUUGGAUCAUUGAAUUGUACUUCUUAGCAUAAGUUAUGAGUAACUUGGGAUUACUCUUCUUCUAAUAGUGUAUUUGGGGUAGCAUGUGUGUUUUCAUGUGUUUUAUAUAUUUCUUUAGAUAAGCAGUCCUAUUGAUAUAAUCACAAGUCAAUGCGGCAAUCCUUAUUGGUUUUGACAACUUGCCUUACGUUGAAAGUUGAAACAUCACUAAUUUUGCAGCUUUUACAUAUGCACUUUCCAUUUGUGUGGGAAGGAGUAAGAACCAUAAUCUAGAGAUACCAUCAGUAGGAAAAUGAAACUGACCAGCAUGUAAGAUCUAGAAGCUGUCUACUGCCUAAUUGACAAACAGCUUGAAAUUGACAUAGACAUGAUUUCCAGUAAAAUAACAAGAAGCAGCAGCAUUUGUAGAUGGGGGAGCUUGAAAUGAUUUCUAAUACAUAUAUAUUAUUAUGUCGUUCAAUCAAAAGUUCCAUAUUCUAUGUUUCAUACUAAAGAGCAAAGCGAUCUUCAUUGCUCAUUGCUUUUAAUC